AUGUUUUCCAUAUUACUCAAAACUUUCACGCUGAAUGAAUGUGUGUUUGCUGCGCGCUUGGUGUACUUAGAUUUAUUUUCACUUUACACAAAUGUCCUUGUAAAAUAUAUUCCCGUACAAAUCAUUUUUCUCUGUGAACUUCUCUUCCUUUAUCUUCACUCUCUCUCUCUCUUCCUUUAUCUUCACUCUCUCUCUCUCUUCCUUUAUCUUCACUCUCUCUCUCUCUCUCUUCCUUUAUCUUCACUCUCUCUCUCUCUCUUCCUUUAUCUUCUCUCUCUCUCUCUCUUCCUUCAUCUUCACUCUCUCUCUCUUCAUCUUCAUCUUCCUUCAUCCUUCAUCUUCUCUCUCUCUUCCUUCAUCUUCCUCUCUCUCUCUUCCUUCAUCUUCACUCUCUCUCUUCCUUCUCUUCAUCUUCUCUCUCUCUCUCUGUUCCUCUUCACUCUCUCUCUCUCUCUCUCUUCCUUCAUCUUCACUCUCUCUCUCUCUCUCUCUUCCUUCAUCUUCACUCUCUCUCUCUCUCUCUCUGUUCCUUUAUCUUCACUCUCUCUCUCUCUCUCUGUCUGUUCCUUUAUCUUCACUCUCUCUCUCUCUCUCUGUUCCUUUAUCUUCACUCUCUCUGUUCCUUUAUCUUCACUCUCUCUGUUCCUUUAUCUUCACUCUCUCUGUUCCUUUAUCUUCACUCUCUCUCUCUUUUUACGUUAUUCAUUCACUGUCUCUCUUUUUUUUCUCUCUCUCUUCCUUUUUUGUCUCGUUCUCUUUCAUGAAUCUUUCUCUUUGUGUUUCUUCGCUGAAUGUUCGAUUAUUUAUCUGAGGUAA